AUGCAAGGGACGUGGCAAUCAAACGAGAGAAAUCCCUCUAUCGGCGCUGAAAAGAUUGCAGCGGGGUGCUUCCAAGUCUCAAUCUCUCUGGUCGUGGUAUCAAAAUGGUCCGGCAAGAAAAUGAAAAUCUGCGCGACUAUCCCAGCAAGCUUCAUCAAGAUUCAAGAGGACUUGAACUGCCCUGGUUUCAUCAGAUGGCUCAACCCCUCGCGGAUAGACACGAUCGUUAAAGACAUGACUAUUGUAUUUUCCGAUUCUACUGAAUCCUCCCCGCUGGAGCCCGGUUGCGACACGCUGAACACGGACGACAACGAUUCCUCGAUCCAUAUUGAUAUCGGGCAACUUGGAGCUGUUAUGUAUGAGGCUACCACUGGUGACAAGUCGUACUCUGACUUGUUCAAAGAUCAACCUCAGGUCCCGCUUAGAGCGGUCUGGUCCUAA